AUGAUGAAUACAACGCUGGUGUUGAUUAAACCGCACGCGUGCCGAGAAAAAUUUCUUGACGUUGCGCGUGAACACUUUGACCAAUAUGGAGUUCGCACGGAUGACACGAUGCUUUUGUCUGGUUCUCAGGUUGAGCGCGGGGCCUACGUGGAGCGCCACUACAGCUCGGUGCAUGCUCUGGCUGUGUGCUCCUUGGAGGACCUGAGUGCAUUUGUGUCGGAAGAAACUGCGUCUCUUUUUUUCUCGGCAUUCGGUGAGCUGUGGGAUGCUGCAGUGGAGAAGCGGCGGGUGAUGACACCUGAAGAUGCCAUGACAAUUCUUGGCCUCUCCUCAGAAGAGUUAAAUGCGCGGUGGUGUGCCUCGAAGUCAUGUGCCCGGCUUGAGUACGGUUUUUAUGUCUCUUAUUUGGAGGAGGAGCGGGUGUAUGUAGUCAACGGCUUCUACCCAAGUCUUCUGGGUUCCUUCACCGCAACCGAUAGUCAAACGUGCCUUUUUGUUCUUUCUUGGCCGGAGUCGAUGUACACGUGGAAGCAAUUCAACCUGGAGGUUCUUGGAGCGGCAAACCCCAGCGAGGCGGCGCCGACGUCUCUGCGUCGUUUGCUGUUUGAAAACUGGAGGGAAUAUGGACUGAGUGAGCAGCCGAGCCUGAUGCAUAACGGCCUGGACGCCUCCAGCGGGCCACUCGAGGCGCUGGCACAUCGCUCUGUGUGGAUGCAUCGGCGAGCCACGGAGGACGAUUUUGGACGAGCGCUUCUUCAAGAGGGGGUUUCACUUGAGUUUUUGGAACAGUUGUUGAAGAACCCCACCAUAACGUACGGUGGGGAGACCCGACCGGUUUUUGAGCUCCUGGAGGACUUGCAGAGCAGCGAGGUGAUACACCACUUGGCGGUUUUGUACGCCGCGGAGAAGUUGAAAAGAACGAACCAGGCGUCCGUUGGAUUCGGCACGAGCAACACCAUUUCGGGUGUCGCGGAAUGGACCAUUGUGCUUGACGAUGAGGAUGCUGAAGAGAGACGCAACAGAGCCUUGGUUUUUGUAAAACCGCAUGCCAACACACCUGAAACAAGGGCGCUUGUGGAGGAGCGUCUCAUGCAAACCCGUGGAAUGCAAAUCGUCAGUCAACGUCACGUCUUUGGCGGUGAAAUUGCGGCACAGCAGUUGAUGUACAAACACUACCGAACCAUAGCCCGUUACGCCGUCAAGGUUUCGCCGAUGUCUAUUAAUGUAAGCACGCAGAACAGAGCCCUUUUUAAGGAAUUGUUUGGUAUUGCUUGGAAAGAAGCAGUGUGUUCUGGUCGUGUCUGGAAUGCUGAAACAGCCAUACACACUCUUGGUGAAAUCUCCGCCGUUGAGCUUUACGGGAUGUGGGGUUCAUGUACGAAGACAAUGAAGCUUGCCUCAGGAGCGUACGUGGCUCAAUUUUUAAAUGAAAAGGUUUUUGUGAUCAACGGGUUUUACCCUUAUCUGCGCGACACGUACGGCGCUCAAAAUGCAAAGGUGACAUGCUACCUUGUUUCCUGGCCAGAGGCGUGCAUGACAUGGCGUGCAUUCCGUGAGGAGUUGAUUGGGAGCACAAAUCCUGGCAACGCACCUCCCAACAGCCUGCGCGGUCUCAUACGAGACCGGUGGCAAGAAUUGGGCCUGCAAUACCCGCCGACGACAACCGAUAACGGGGUUCACGCAUCUGCAGGGCCGUUUGAGGCGCUGCUGGAACGCCAUCUAUGGAUGCACUUACCACUCUCCCAUGAUCCUCUCACGCUGCGACUGCAGGAAUGCGCCCUAACAGGGGCUCUGUUGUACCGAUGGGCUUCCCACCCAGAGGUAAUGCUGCGCGGAAAGAAGCUCUCCGGGUGUGUGUUUGACCUCCUGGAAAACAUGCAAACCUCCGAGAUGGUGGACAUCAUGCGCGAGGCGGAGCAACAGACAAUGGCAUUGUACAAGGAAACGCCGAUGAAUCGUGCGGUGUUGAUUCUUAAGCCCUUUGCUGUGAACGAGCGCACAAUUGCGGCGGUAAAAAAAACUCUCGAGUCGGUAGGUCUGCUGGUGACGCGGGAGAUGUCCGUUUUUAGUGCUCGCAUUGUGAAGUGCUAUCUGAACUCUGCUGCGUUUUGCGCCGCGACUCGCCUUGCCGAAAUCAAUUCUUCGACUCCUCAAGAAGUUGUCAGCCCUGCCAUCAAGGACCGCUUUUGUGAGAUCUUUCACUCAACAUGGGAUUAUUGUGUGGUUGACGGAAGUCUGAUGGGUGCCACGACUGCAUGCGAGAAUUUGGGUCUCACUCCAAAAGAGCUCUUGCAGCUGUGGGAGGCAUCGAGCCCCAAGAAGGUUGGACGGGCGUGCUACAUAGCAUUCUUGAAGGCUCAAGGCAUUUUUGUCAUCAAUGGGUUUGUCCCCUUUACCCGGGAGUGCUACGGAAGGCCUGGUAGCCGAGUUUAUUUAUUUGAGUUGGAGUGGAAGGAAAGCGCAUGGACAUGGAGAGACUUUUGCGAGGUUUUGAUUGGAGAUUCUUCGAGCCCACAGAACGCUGCUCAGGGCAGCCUGCAUCGUACCUUUGCAGACGAAUGGUCGAAAUUUGGUCU